AUGAUGUUAUCGAUUCUUCGAAAUCUCACUCUUUCUCAGUCGGCGAGUUCUGUUCGGUUCACAUGUUUGGUUCGUCUAGCUGGUUCCUUCUCACAGAAGCAGCAAAAAGAUGAUUCAUUGAAAACCAAGGACAUCUUCAUCGAUCCAAAUCUGACAAAAUCGUUUGAGAAACUGAGAAAAGGUGAUUUCACUCCUGAACCAAUCAGCACAGAUACAUUAAAACAUCUUCGUGGCUAUCCACCAAUCGGUGCCACGCAUGACACUGAAGCACCAAAACGUGAAAUUGUUCGUCAAGAAUUCCUUGGUAAACUCGUCUAUAUUGGCAAAUUAGACAAACCAUUUCGUGCAGCAAAAUCUCUAUCCCUAGCAUCCAGUGUUGGCGGUGCUAUAUGCUAUCCGAUCAUGAUAUCAAAGAUUCUCGAAGACACAUCCAUAAUCAUGGCAAUCGCUUACACGGUUGUCUCUGCAACAUUUGUUUUAUUAACGCCAUCGCUGAUACAGAUGAUUUGCAAACGAUAUUUAACAUCGUUAUAUUAUCAUGAACAAACACAACAAUUUACGGGAUUUUACAAGAAUUUCUUUAUGAUGGAAAGACAAAUUAAAUUUCGUGCAGAAGAUGUUCAAGUACCGCCGAUAACGGGCAUGUUUACAUCAAUGCUGAUCAAUAACCAACCAUUCUUCAUCAAUCAUGAUGAUUUCCUUGAUAAACCCAUCCUAAUGAAAAUGUUGGGUUAUGAUAAAGAAUUUGAUUUCAGUAAAUACACAAAGGAUCUUUCCGAAGAGAAAAAAAACUGA